AGAUUGGAAAGGAUAUUUGCACCCUAUCUAUUUUCCUGAUAGUACUAAGAAGAUGUUGCUGAUAACAAAACACACAUGCCGACAGUGCCUGUUCAUCUUCGGUGUGGGACACGCAAUCAUAGACGUGCCAAAUUUUGUGGCGGGUGCACUGACAGAGGAAGAGAUGACGCAUGUUUAUGCAGAAGGCGGGUGGUCUUUUCAAUUUCAGUCGAUUGCAAAGCACUGGACAGAUGAGUUGGACGUGUUGACAAGUAUAGCAUGGGAGGCGUUGCUGCAUCCAUUUGAUACUGCAAGCAAGUCCGCGCUGGAAGUAAGAGUCACUAGGUCUUUCGCUGAAGACGCCUUGCCGAAUUCAUUCAUGGACGUUAAGCGGCCCUGGAGAAAGUCAUCUGAGACUAAAAACGAAGGGGUUUCUUUUGAAGCUAGGCACACCAGCAUCGCAUUUAGUGGUAUUGCAAUGAUUGCAUGCGGUGUCGUUUUUAUGAACGUAGAAAGAUAGUACUCGACUAUUUGCAUGUCUAUCAUGUUUUUCACGAACUAUAUUAAGACUUAGCAGGUCACGUGUUGUCUUUCGUUAUGCAGUGGACACUUUUUGCAUCAUGGAUCCGACCAGCCUCCGAACCUCUUUCAUACCUUUGAUGAUUUUCGGGUGUCUGUGUCUCUGGUACGGAAAGUCACAUGCAGAAGACCCUAUGAUCGUCGGCACUGCGGUCAGAAUGUAUGAUAUUGAAGACGAACCGUCCACUUCUCACCAGACAACACCACAAUCGGACCAGCGUGGUUCGAAGACAGGGAAGGGACCACCGAUGGCUUUCUACAGUGGCGAAGGUGGAACUGGGUGCUAUCUCGAUGGGGAUGAAGGAGAAGAGGUGGAAGCCCUCCUUUUGCGUGGCGUGCAACGCGUCUCGGAACUACCUAUGAUAUAAAGGAAUUCAGUCUCAGAGUAGAAGAAGAAAAAUAACCAGCGAGAUGACGUUACAUUCUUCUAACGAAGUGAUAUUUUCAAGUUUUCCUUGAGGUCGAGUCAUUUGGGUAUAGGGAGGAAUACAGACACACAUGAUGCUACGCUUCUAGAGAACCUUUCAUGAAUUCGUCACCUAGCUGCAGUUCAGCCGAACCCAGUCCUGUUGCCGAGAGCGAGCGCGUCGAUGCGCACCAACCAUCGAAGGCGAUUGUGAUCAGUUUGCCUGAGAGUAUGCGAGCUGCGAAGAAUGAAACGUCGUUCGAAAAAGACUCAAGUAGGACUCCACCAAGGAAAAAGAAAAAGAACAAAUUGAGAAAGGAGGAUAAAAAUUAUAACUCUGGAAUUUUGUACUUGAGCUGAUAUUUGAAAAAAUCGGAGGAGAUAGAUAAGUAAAAGAACCACCACGACACAGAACUUCUGAUUACCAUGCAAGUAAGUGGGGAGAUAACGAGGAUCAGUAUGAACGCUAUCACCGAGGAAAGAUAAGUAAGAGUUAUGCAUAGACUGUGGUUGCUUUGAUAACAUGAUACAAUUUCCUAGAUCAGGAUGAUGUAAUUUUGAACACUUUGCUCACGUGGAUGCGUCCGAGAACUCACAUGGAAAGUGGUGGGCCAUGGAAUGCGCUUCCAUUUUACCAAGAUGUUAGCAGUUGUAUGCAGCGAC